CAGCUCCGCGCGAUCAACAAGGAUAAGCUGGAGCGGCUAGAGGCGAAGAAGAAAUGGAAGAAGGAACAGUUCCAGAAGAAAAUCGCUGAGAUGGAGCUGCGGAAGACGAAGAAGAGGAAUCAAGAGAAGGCGGCAGCUUUGAAGGUUAUAGGACAAAGGCAAAAGGCGGCCGAAAGGGCUAGUGCCAGUGGCCCGAGCCGGAAGAAACGUAAGACCUAGUUAAACGUCACCCUUUGGAUACACUUCUUCAUAAUCGCCUGUAUAUUAUUGAUCUUUUUUUGUGGGCUAUCCUAAACCCGUCUUCGGUCCCGCUUAUUGCGUGGCAGUGCACUCGUCUCGAAUCACAAGUCUAUGGAUUCUGCUGAAGGAGAUGAAUUUCUCGACACUGUUGAAGGCGAAUCCGCCUUCUUUCAGUCUGUAGCUCGCGCGAGACCAGCGGGAGUGCACCGCUAUAUGAACAUCGUGUCUAUUCGACAAAAUAUUAACGAAAUUUCAGGGAAAUGGGUCACGAUCGAACAUAUCUGGAGAAAGCUCCGACAGUACUAUGCCAUGGAUAACAUUGAAAAGAUCCGUCGCCAAGAAGGUGCACCGGAUGACCCAGACUUUCCACCUCCGCCUCUCCCUCGCACUCCUGGAGAGCGGGACCCUACUCCUUCCUCAUCAGAUUCUCCUCAACCCGCAGAGGUGCCGGAAAGAAUAGAAGAUGAAGAGAAAAUAUGGAUGCAGGCUCACUUUCGCCUGACGUUCUCACUUCCAGAAAACGAAUUCUACGAAAUGAUGGAAGAGCGAGCCAAGAGAGGGAGAAAUGACCCAUCUACUCCGGAAUCUGAUUAUCGGGAGCUUUCCGAUGAUGAUGAUGAUGAUGAUGAGGAGGAAGAUAUGAAAGUAGACAAACCUCUUUCGUCAGUGACGAGACGUUCGAGUAGUCACAGUCAUUCCCAAGCACCUUCGAUGUCAUUGGACCCAAUACGAGCUAGCGGUCUAGCAGCCGCAGAGGGCAGCGAGUCUUCCGACCUGACCGACCCUGAAGAUGACAAGAAGGGCUAUACCGAUGAUCGUGAGAGCACUUACAGUGCAACGCGACGCAGUGUCGCUACCCCUGAAGACGAAGGCGGUGGUCCUGAUGGAUCGAACAUCUUGCCUGUUUUAGCGCGAAAGAAACGAGAACUUACAUCCGACAGUGUUGCCUCGAGAACUACAGCUCGCAGGUCCAUCGGAGUGGCCUCAAGUAGCAGAGCCAAAUCAACUACCGCAUCCACCAAAAAGAAGCGAAAGCGGUAAAGUAGGCGUCAAAUACUACGUGAAUCCUUCGCCUUGGUAUCCAUCCGCCAAACAACGUAUUCCGCACUAGGUAGUAGAAAAACCCCUGCUUUUCACAUGAUAAUGCAAUCCUUCCCAUCCUUUUUAGAUGCCUUUUCUAAUAACUCGUUUUCCUCGAGCAUCUGCCUCUCGCUCUCAGUUAAAAGCUAGUUUGAGCCCAACGGACAUUAAUGAAUUCACGUUGCCCAGGGGUGUGGGA